UUUUCUGCUAAAGUGCAUUUAAAGGACAACGUUUAUGUUUUAAUUAUGGUAAUUGUACUGGAUAAAUUCCUGGUUUGGAGUUCAUAGCUGCGAACUUCAUAGGAAAAAACAAUCUUAAAAUCCGUGUUAGCAAUAAUAGCAAUUCAGUUAGUAGUUUCUAUUAAGCUGUUUUUUUCCCCUAUAAGUGUUUAAAUGUCCAUUUUUAAACCAGAGACUGUAUAUUAUUUGGCAGAAAAGAUCACUUCCGGUGUUUAGUUGUUGGCAAAUGGAAUACUCAGCAUGACAGAACAUAUUAAGGAUCUUUACGGAAUAAUUAUGAAAAUACGAAAAGGACUACAGCGAAGCAUGCUGUUUUCACUAGGUAUUUGCAUAUUUUAAUCUUAAAAAUGAAUAAUUUUUUUUGUUUUAUAAAUUUCACUGUUUAAACAAGUAUUCUUUCCUUGACGGACAUAGUGUAAUUUUUCAGUUUGUCUGGUACAGUAAGGCUUUGCUGCAGUUUCAGCCCCUGGGAAUCUACAGACACAAACAAUUGAUAUUAAAAGUGCACACAACCCGUCGCGCUACAUCUUGAUUGGGCAACAUUAUCCGAUUUUGACAUUUUUCUGUGCAGUAACUUUUACAGAUUUUCUGUCUGAUUUAGUUCUGAACUCUGGCCACAAGUUGAAUUUUCUUCUGAUGAAGACACAUGUCUGGAUGUCUGACACCUCAGAAAACGCGCAGAGCUACGAGGAGCUGUUCUCUAACAGAUUUUCACCGGAGGACAGUGAAUACCAGCAAUAUCUGAAACGUCCAGCUGACCCGCCACCAGUUGUUGAGGACUGGCGGGGGUGCGGUGGGGGAAACCAGAGGGGCAGGGACAACAGGUACCAGGACCGCCGAGGCUACAGAGACCGGGGUUGGGGAGAAGACAAGAGAUGGCGAGGGGACCGUCAUGGACAUCACUGGCAUGACAGAGACAAGAACUCGGGGCACGGCAGUGGAUAUCAGUCUGGGUCCAGAGACUCCAAUCAGGGAUACAACUCCCAUAAUCGUCCACAUUAUGAUCGCUACUGAUUACUCCAGAUUUCUACUAUUUCCGGUCUCAUGACUUGAGCUUCACUUGUUUGUGGUAGGAUUCAGCUAGUUUCUUCUUUUCAUCGGUGAUGCAGUAAGAGCUGCUCUUUAAAUUUCCUGUCCCUUGUUUUUACCUAUAGUAAAAAUGCAUGUAAAGGCAGAACUUUGCAGUGAUUGUGAUGUGUGAAAUCUGAAUUUCCAAGACAAAUGUAUUCAUGAUACAGCUUUACUUUUACCAUCAGUGUAUGAACUUGCAGAUUAACUUUUGUUUCUGUUAGAAUAUGUAUUUUUCAAAUAAAAUGACUGCUGACUGUGCAAUCAGAUGCAUAAAGUUUAAUUGCUUAAACCCAUUCACAUAUACCAACCUUACUGUAAUGGGUGUCAACCAUGUUUCCAGUCUUUAAAGAUUUUUUUUUUAAUUUAGGUGUUCUAAGUCAAAUCACUAUGUAAAACACACUUGAAUAAUAGAUUCAACCCUAUUUAUGUCAAUUAUGAUUUUUACAUCAAGUCAAUGAAAACACAUCUAAGAUAUUAGAUCAGCUCAAUAAACAUUUUAAUAUUGAAAUCUGGGCUUAAUGAGAAGUAUGUUUUAAUAUCUACUUAAAGGUUGUGGUUUUCAAAUGGUUGUUUUCUUACAAAUGAACCUCUGGGCAAAAAUAUCAACUUUUUUUAAGGAUACUUAGCUUAUUUCACAAGAUGCAAAGAAAACCACAUUCUGGGAAUUUUCCAGCAGCUUUCAGAGACCAGUAUUUUAACCAUCCCGAGGAGUUACUUUUGUAAUCCACUUAAAGAAACACAAUGAGGUAAAAAAGCCAGAAAUGCCUGUUAAUUUUAUGAAGCAGCAGCUAACACUUAAACAAUUUCACUGUUUUAAUCUCUCCUGUGACGAGAUUUUUUUUUUCUAAUGUGGGAGCAGAUAAAGAUCAAAUCACUGUCCUACACAGAAAAGAUGUUUUUUUUGUUUUAAAUUGUUUUACUUAUGCAGCACUUACAAGACAAUGUCUUUAGCAGGUUAAUAGACAUUUAAAAUGCUCAUCUGCAAUCUGCACUUUUAGACCCAACUCAUUUCUUUCACAGAGAUGAUUAUAGCUCAUACACAUCUACUGGUGGUGAACAUUGCAAUUGUGGAGUAUUAACAUAAAUGUUGGUCUAGUAAGGGGGUUGGAUAAUAUACCCUCCUGAUUAUAUUUAAAUACUCCUCAGUGCAAAGGUAUCUCAUGAAUAACACAUGCUCACACAUCACUAUCGCUGCUGAAAGGUCGUACUGCUUCUAGAAAUAGAAACUCCUAGUCAUCAGGGAUGUAGCAUAGCGUUAGCUACCUGUUUGGUUAAAAAGGUGAAACCAACAUGUGUUGUUAUCAGAGGGUUCUUUUAAAGAAUACUUAUGUUCAUAGAUUAAAAUUCUGCAUUUAUAAAUACACUAAAAUGUUUGCUAACACGCACUGGAGUCAGUAUCUUUUCAUGUAUUAAGAUAUCCAGUCUCAAUUUUGUUCUCCAGUUGGGCUUUUUAAAUGGGUCACUGAAAUGCUUCCUGAGAACAGUGAAGAUCAUUCAGGACAAGUUAAUUUAGUCAUUCAGCUUAGUCUUUUAGAUUUCAGUUAAAGUGCCUCAAGUUUAUCAAUGCAUCUGCGUAAAGAGUUGAUUCACAGAAGGUAUUUCUUUACCAGCCUCUACUGUCCAUGUUGUGACCUCAACCCCGACUUUACUCUAUGUAAAGAAAAACCUGCAUUCACAGUCAAUAUUCAGAACAGUUCCCAUUUUUUUAAAAGCAGCUAAAACAUUGAUGAGAAUCAUUAAUACAUUACUGCAACAUGCACCGUUGGCUCUGGCAUAUGUAACUCAGAGCCUUAAUGUCGGCACUUCGAGCUUUACAGUCCAUUAAACAGAGGAACUCUGUUAUGUGAUAAACAGUAACUGUGUUCGAAUGCUACUGGAUUUGGGAUGAUUUCUGAGUUUUAUAUUCAGAUUCCCAGUGUCUACAAGGUUAACAUUUAAUUUGGACAACACAUUCAGCUGGAUGAUGAGGAAGUGAGCGACUAAAGAAGAGAGGGGAAGGCUGCGAAGCAACCAGUUCAGAUUAAAUCAUCUACAUCCCAGAGUCCUGUGUCUCCAGCCCUUUUAAUAUUGUCCUGUUGGCACAGUUUGGAUUUAGCUGUUUUUUUUCUAGUCUUAUUAACAUUAAUACCGAAUAACUGCCUAAUCCUGGAAGUUGAGGUGUUCCUUAAUAUAAUGGCAUUUACCCAUUGCACAUUGUUUUAGAAAAUUGUACAGCCAUGAAAAUAUUUUUUUAGGGAUUUCUUUUGAUCAAAAUUCCUAAAGUGAGAUUUUACCAUUCUCUUUUACAGAUUUUAUUUUUAUUUUUUAAACAAACGCAUUGCAUUCCCUUAGCCUGCUUUGAUCUUGUAAGAAGUACGGCAUUUGGUAAAAGUCCAAAACUUAUUUUUCUUAUCCAAACAACUAGAAGAGUAAGAUGAACUAACAUCCUCUCAAAAUCUUCAAUAAAUAGACCAAAAAUGGGGUUCAUGCCGCUGCAAAGACUAAUCCGGACCUCACCUCAACGUGUUAACCUACUCACUUCAUGAGCAUCGGCUCAUUCUUUGCGCUCAUCUUCUAAAUAGAGGAUAACAUUAUUUCAAAUGUUUUUUUUGUUUGUUUUUUUUACUGCAUGGAAAAAUCUCCAGAACCUUUUAGGAUUUAUUAAUGCCAAAAAUAUUCACCCCUUGCUGCGUUUUAAUUAGUUAUCUGAUAGUGAUUCGUUUAGAGACUGGGAGGAAAAACAAUAGAGAGAGACGAGUAUGUAUAGAGAUGGGAGCACUGCCUCAGUCUCAUCUGCCGGGCUGUCAGGCUUCAUGUGGCCUGUUUGGGACAAUACAUAGUGACAGCAAUGGAGACAGUGCGCUGGGGGCCAUGUCCUUGGUGAUGAACUCAUCCAGUGCAAUCAUCACUCCGCUCUCUCCCCUUCUUACCGCACACAGAAAUACAUGUCUGCACACAAUGAACUCCAGCCCCCCCUCCCCUCUAUUGCACACAAACAGGCGGGGCCCUGCAUCCCCCGGCCCCUGCAGCACUUUGCGACCUACAUCUGGUGUUGGAGAGUGCAGGGACUGAGAUCGGCCCGGGUCAGCCAGCCCCCAGCCUCCAGCAGACAGUACAGAGGAUUUGUGUUGCAUGUGAGUCUGAAUGGUGGAAGCAUGCUUGCUUUGCUGCUCUUGUCAAAAUUUGUGGUUUCCAGUUUGUGCCAAGAACAUGCACGUCUCCACACAGUUGUAUCUCAUUAACUCGUGUGAGCAAAUGCUAACCAGCCACCCGUAUGCACUUAAAUUAGGAAUGGGAUUUCUUUUUAAAAAAUUGCUGCUGUUAGAUGAGGUUUGACAACAUCUUGUCCUCCAUUCAUCCAGCUGCACACCCUAUAAGUUAAUCAUGCAUCUGCUCAGGUCAUGCAUGUAAAGAGAGUGGACUGUGCCGCUGAGCCGAGCUUGUUAGUCUGAUUAUAUCUGGUGGUAUCUUUCUUUACUCAAACACGUUAAUAGGGUGUCGGGAUACUCUGUGCCUGAAAGGUCCAUUUAAAAAUGUUUCUUUCAGCUCCUUUCAAAUGUCAGCUGUUUUUUUCCCUUCUCGCCAAAUAUCCUGACACAGUUCUGUUGAACUUCAUUUCACCUUGAACGGUUUAUUCGUAGUAUGUGAAUAAAACCGGAAGCACAAGUAAAUGUGUCACUGAAGGACUGCUUCUGAUACAGGAAAAGGUCACAGCGGCAUGCAGGUCACCAGUCAUAUUAGAGACACGCUUUGCUCCUACGAACAAGUUGACACAGUUUACUAAAUGUCUGUUAAAAUGUCUGACAUGCUUUGACACAAAUGUGACUUGGCUAUCAGGAAUCAGGGUUUGCUCUUGUUAAUGUUUUGGGGGUCACAAUAAUAGGCUAGUUCUUGUGUCGGUUAAGAGUGUGGCAUUCAUAUCUGAUAGCAUCCAUAAGUGACUGCACAAAAAUCCGACAAUAAUUUGUACCUAAAUAAUACAAAAUGAUCUGUAUUCCAUACAGAUUCCUUUAUCUGUACAAAAUAAUAAAACUGAAAAAAUAUUCAAGA